AUAAGUUAUGUACUAAAAAUAAUCAAAUAUAUAUUUAUAGCCACUUCACGAACUUGAUGAAGAGAGAUACAAGAAAUUUGGGAAAAUAUAUGGAAAAUAUGAAGGUUCUAGACCUGUUUUGGUGGUCGCAGAACCAGAACUGAUAAAGCAGGUCAUGGUGAAAGAUUUCCAUGCCUUUAGUGAUAGACGUGAUAUUAAAUUUGGAGAUUCUGUUUUGGAUAAAAUGUUGACAAUUUUAAAGGGAGAGGAAUGGAAACAAAUUAGAAGCAUCAUUUCCCCUACAUUUAGUGGCAGCAAAAUGAAAAAGAUGUCAUAUUUGGUUCAAGACACUAUUAAGAGCUUGAUUCAGAAUCUUGAGAAUGCUGCUGACAAGAAAGAAGUUAUUGACUGCAAAAAAUAUUUUGGUGCUUUCACUAUGGACACAAUUGUCACCUGUGCCUUUGGGACACGUGUAGAUUCACACAAACAUCCUGACAACCCCUUUGUGAAGUAUGCACGGCAACUUUUCAAUGCAAAUAUGAAACCUUGGCAGUUACUAGUUCUUAUAUUCCCCAAGUUAGCCAGUGUCAUUGGACUAAAUUUUAUUUCACGAGAGAUUACUGAUUUCUUUCGCAAUACCACCAAUCAGAUCAUUGAAUUCAGGAGGAAAAAUAAUGAGAAAAGAAACGAUUUUCUCCAAAUUAUGUUGGAUGCAAAAGAGUCCCCCCAAGAUGCUGAUGAACAAAAUGAUGAAAUUAACUCCAUAGGCAGUGCUCAUGGCCACGAAGAUGAAGUUGGAUUACAUGAAUGGAAACCAAUCAAACAAAAAAUUUUGACACAUGAAGAUAUACUGGCAAACAGCAUUCUGUUCUUUCUUGUUGGAUAUGACACUACAGCCAAUGCAUUGACUUAUGCUGCUUACAGUUUGGCUCGUAACCCAGAAUGCCAAGAGAAGCUAAUCCAGGAGAUUGAUGCAGUCUGGGAAAAGCAUGGUGGUAUUGACUAUGAGACAGUGGGAAAGAUGACCUACCUGGACUGUGUCUUAUCUGAAACACUAAGGCUGUUCAGUAUUGCUGUUGUAGCUGAACGACGGGCUAGCAAAGAUCAUCAACUAGGAGAGACGGGAAUCACCAUACCAAAAGGCAUGAUCAUUCACAUUCCUAUUUAUGCUAUUCACCAUGACCCUGAAUAUUACCCUAACCCUAAUGCUUUUGAACCAGAAAGGUAUGUGCAAUUCCAGUUUUUGUUUUUUAAUUCUUUUGUUUUAGUAUAUUGUUGUAGUAUUCUGACAUUACUUAAUGCUGUGUAUUGUUAUUAUUGCUUUAUCUUUUUUGGUGCAAGAUAGAAGUUUGUGUGACAU